AUGAUCACUUUUAAUUUCUCCUCUUCCCUUCAUACAUCCAAAGAUCCACUUAUUCGUUCAACAAAUUCUGGUCGUGUACGUGGUUUUGAUACAUAUUUUCGUAUAUCAGAUUCACCAAAUCUUCAACAUGUUCGUACAUGGCUUGGUAUUCCAUUUGCUAAACCUCCAAUAGGUUCACGUCGUUUUAAAGCACCAGAACGUGUUCAACCAUGGUCUGGAAUACUUGAUGCAACAAAUCUACCGCCAACAUGUUGGCAAACAGAACAAAUUAUAUAUAAUCUUGAAUCAGAAAAAAUAUGGUCACCAAAUACAAAUUGUAGUGAAGAUUGUUUAUAUUUAAAUAUUUGGGUACCAGUUAGUAAUACAUCAGUAUCAUCAAUGUCUGUACUUGUUUGGAUAUAUGGUGGUGCAUUUGUAACUGGUUCAAGUACAUUAGAUAUUUAUGAUGGAAAAAUAUUAGCAGCAACAAAUGAUGUUAUUGUUGUUUCUAUGCAAUAUCGUUUACAAAGUCUUGGAUUUUUAUUUCUUGAUAGACCGGAUGCACCUGGUAAUCAAGGUUUAUACGAUCAAGUUCUUGCUUUAGAAUGGAUUCAUCAUAAUAUUGGUUAUUUUGGUGGUGAUAGUCAACGUAUAACAUUAUUUGGUGAAUCAGCUGGUGCUGUCGCUGUUGGUUUUCAUUUGUUAUCACCACGUAGUCGAUCAUUAUUUUCUAAUGCUAUUUUACAAAGUGGUGGGCCAACAUGUAAUUGGGCAUUUAUAACAGCACAUGAAGCACGUCGACGUUCACAUAAAUAUCUUUUUGAAUUUUAUUCUCUUGUUACAAAACGUUUAUAUAAUGAAGAAUUUCGUCAUGAACGUGAAAAAAUUCCUGAAAUAUGUCAACGAGGUGAAAAUGUGAAAAAUAUCGAAGUUAUGUUUGAAUGUGCAGCUAAUUAUCCAAUUAUGGAUGAAGAACAUUAUAGUUAUAUAACAAAUGCUGAAUAUACUAUUGUUGAUGGUGGUCCAAUGUUUUUUCUUCUUAUGCCCGUUAUUGAUGGAACAUUCUUACCAGAUAAUCCUGUAACAAUGCUUAAAACAGGAAAUUUUAAAAAAUGUCCUCUUCUAUUAGGUGCCAAUCGUGAUGAAGGCUCCUAUUUUAUGGUUUAUGCUCAAGGUAAUGAUAAAACUCCAGGAAAUGCUAUGCCUGAUGUAUCAUAUGCAACAUUUUUAAAACAUCUUGAACUUUAUUAUACAUAUAUUCCAUCUUAUCCAUUUAAAACACCGCGUAUUAUUUUACAAUCGUUAAUUCAUAAAUAUACUGAUUGGACUGAUUGGUCAAAUAAUAUUCGUAAUGCUGUUAUAUUAAGUCAUGCAGUUGGUGAUGCACAUUUUACAUGUCCAACAGUUGCUGUUGCUAAUGCAUAUGCAAAUCAACAUGUACCAGUUUAUUUUUAUCAUUUUGUUGCUAGACCAUCAGUUAGUGAUUGGCAUACAUGGACAGGUGUUAUGCAUGCUGAUGAGAUAAUGUUUGUUUUUGGUGAACCUUUAAAUGCAACUGAUACUAGAUUAUAUAAAUAUGAUGAAAUACAAUUAGCACGAAGAGUUAUGUCUUAUUGGUCAAAUUUUUCUAAAUUUGGAAAUCCAAAUGGUGUUUCGAGUACAACAGUUGGUGAUUGGCCACUUUAUGUUUAUCCUGAACGUGAACACAUUGUACUUGAUAUCGUUAAUAAAUCAACUGGUAUUGCUCAUCGUGCAGAUUAUUGUUCGUUUUGGGAACAUUAUAUACCAAUUCUAUUAGAAGAAUUCGAACGAUGUGUUCUUCAUGGUCCUUCAUCACCGUCAUUAACAGUCUUAGCGGACAAAUCUUCAUGUUCAUUGAAAUCAAUUUGCUUAUUUAAUAUUUUAAUUCUUUUCUUAAUUAUCAUUGAAAUGAAAUAA